CAUGCAGUCACAAUUCAGGUUUGCAAACCUGUAGAACAGCUGGAUGGGGUGCAGUUGGUGAUUUUGUGUAAAAAUACUGUGAAGCUUGCAGUUUUCAUUCGGUAUUGGCGUCAAACACGUAUAAUGAGGAACAUUAUUUUAAAAAUCUGACAUGAUUACGUUUGUUCGGAGAAUAUUUUGAUGAACUGAAACAUGGAAUGAAUAUACGAAUUGUCUGUCAGUCUUAACCUAGCACAGAUGGUGCCCGUGUUGGUAUAGAAUUGUAAAUCAAUAUAAUUAAUAUUUUUAUUAGCAUUUUCGCUUGACAUAAUGAAGAAGGUGACCGGACAGUUUCGUAAUACAACGUGGGAUCCUCUGCUUAUAAUAUCACAAAUAAUAGCUCUCCAGUGUGUUUUGUAUGUUGGUCUGGGAUUGUGGAUGGUUUUCAUGGACCUUCUUGUUGGUUCAUCUAGAUCCCUUGAUCAUCUCUUUAAAUAUCAGGAAAUCCAUGUACGAGAUUUUGGUGGCAAACUCAUUAUAACAGCAUUUGUUCUGAAUGCAUUAAUUGGAGCUCUUGGGUUGUGGUUUAUUGUUCAGCGAACAAAGCAGUGCUUGGACUUUUCAUCAACUGCUCAUCUUAUCCAUUUGAUCGUUUGUUGGUAUUAUAAUGGUCACUUUCCCAGUGCUUUUUCUUGGUGGUUGCUGAACUUGGUGUGUCUAACAAUCAUGUGUGUAUCUGGUGAAUUUCUGUGUAUGAGGACAGAAUUGCAGGCCAUUCCCCUAAAUAUGGGUCCAAAAGCUGAUUUAUAGUGACUGAUUUUGUGCUGAGAAGUCAAGUUAUAUAAAAUGAACUUGGACUGCUGUUAAUUUGUUUUAUAGAAAUUAUAUGUAUUAGUAAUAUUAAAAUAAAUUAGUGUUAUUAAAUAUAAUAAAACUGGCUGAACAUGCCUCAUAAAAGACUAGUUAUAAGUUAUUAGCAGAACAGUUGUAUGUUUUUGUAAGUAUGUAUAUGCUAUGCCCUUGUUCUAUAAUGAAAUGUGCCAUUACUUAGGCAUGACCAGCAGGCAGUCCUUAUUAUUUGAGCACAAUUUAUUUUUAGAUCUAUAUAUUCUUUCUUACGAAUCAUUUAAUAUCCAAAUAAAGUAAACUACGCCCAUU